CACUCCUACCAUAAAAAAUAUCCGCACCACCCAGACUAAUAUUCGUUUCUCCCAUAAUAAAUAUCCUCACCAACCCUAACUAAUAUCCAUCGAUUACAAAAUAAUAUCCUGCUACACAGCCAAAAUAUCCACACAUCGCCAACUAAUAUCCUCCGAUCACAUAAUAAUAUUUUAUCACCACAGACAAAAAUCGACUACUCUAAUCACAUAAUAAUAUUUUAUCACCUAAACCCUAACACUAACACCCUAAUCACUUUACCAAAAAAGCCCUAUUAGAAUAUCCAAAAGUCCAAGAAAAUUUCGAAAACAUGAACUAAUAUCAUUCAAUCCUAAACUAGACCCUAAACUCUUAACAUUAAACCGUAACACAAACCCUAAAUCAUAAAACUAUUAUUAUUUAAUGGGCCUUCAGCCCAUGGGCCCUCGGCGGGCAGCCCUAACUAAGGUUGCAAGCCUUACAUGUUAGGACUUCCUAGUGUGUUUAAUUUCCUAGUGUGUUUAAUUUUAUGUAAGAAACAAUAUUCCAAUCCUUCACAAAUUGAAAACCGAACCAUAAACCCUAAAACUUAAACUCUAAAUUGGUGUAAUCAGUUUUGGGUGGUUGGGUUAUUUUGGAGUUUGGUAAAUAUUAAUUUAAUGAUGGAUAUUGGUUUGCGAAGGAAGAAUACUAGUUCAUUUCAACAAUGAUGCAAAGUAAUAUCAACACAACACAUAAUAAUAUCGACUGAAAACAAAUAAAUAUCCACACAAACAAACAUACAUAUAUAUCACAUGGGGCCCAAAAAUUUCGUUCUCUUUCCACUCCAACCCAAAAUCCCGCCCAAACUGAAGCCGGGCCCACCACGCCACUUGCUCGGCUCGCCUUCUGGCCGCACGCUGGGCCGGCUUCUACACGGAAGCCCAUCUCCAGCUCAUUUAAGUGAGCCACCACCCAGCCGCCACUCUCCUCUGUUGGAUGAAGCCCAAGCAAACGUGGCUCAAAAUCUGACCCUGUCAGUAUCUCCUAACAAAAUGGCCUGUUAGGAGACUAACUUUUUUGCCUGGGCCGAGGGUGUGGAGUGAAUACGUGACCCACCCACUAGUCCACCCAAAUACCACGGUUUGGCUCAUUUUGCGGGUGGAUCGAAUGAAAUCCACGGAUCAUCCGCUCACAUGCCCAUCCUACUAUACACUAGACACUAGUAGAGUGCUGCUGCAAUGAACAUUAUCCGCCGUCUUGUCUGAUUUAAACUAGCCAAUAAAUAAAUGAAGAAUACCAAAGAGGAGGUUAAUUAAUGACAUUUUCCAGUGCGUUUUGGAAAUUUUGGAGGGUUGGCUAAGUUAUCACUCUUUGUGAUGUUGCUACGAGGUAGAAGCAAAGUACACGCAUUAUACAUCACCCUGCCUGGAUUGACUUUUGGUUUUUUAAUUAGACAAUAAUAAUGAUUUCAUUAUAAUUUAAUCCUACUCUACGCUACAUACACUUCAUCAAAUUUUAUCUAUAUCCUCCCACAACUGCAAGUGGAUAAAUCGACUCCAUGAGUCUUCCGGGAUAAGAUACGGUGCAUAUCCUAUAGUUAUUGUAAAGACAAACUAAGGAUAAAUUUUGUAUGAAAAGUUAAUAUAGCUUCUUUUUUUUUAAAUUAUAUUUUGGAAAGUUCAAAAUUCAUGUUAAUUACAUUUUCGAAAACCAAUACCAGAGAGGGUACACCAAUACUAGAAACAUAAAUAAAGGGGGAGGAAAGAGCGAUGAGCCUUCCUAUUUCGUUUUGUAGUUUCAUUUUUUUUGUUGUGAGUCCAAAACCCUAGAGGCCAACCAACCUCAUGUUAAUGGAAACCCGUGGUAGUAACCACACCCCGACAGGGACGAUGAAUAGGAAAGGCAUAUUUGGAGCUCUAAAGAAGGCGUGAUGUGGCGGAGGCGAAGCCGAAGAAUGUGGAUCGGAAGAGGAAGGCUCUAGCGAUGGAUUGAGAGGAGGAGGAGGAGAGGAAUGACUUCGUCGACCGAGUCAUAUAAGAGAAUAUGGAGGAGGAGGAGGAGGCUCUCCCAGUGGAUUGAGAGGAGGAGAGAAAGGUUGGUGAGAUGGAGAAAGAUGACGAGAGAGAGGCGGAUAGGAUAGGUGACGAGAGAGAUGUGGAAAUGACGAAUACAUAUAUCACAUAUGAAAUAUGUUUGUUUUUUUCAAUUCGCAAUUAUUUUUUGUUCAGUACGAAUUUUUUUUCUAAUGUGUUCUUAUCAUUAUGAACACAAGCUAUUGAAAUGACAGAUACACAUAUCACAUAUAUGAAAUAUGAUUUUUGUUCAAUCCGAAUAUACACAUACAACAUAUAAGUAAAAUGAAAUAGUUAAA